AAACAAAAGUCUCCGAAAUAAAAUGGUCUGUUUCAGUUCAAUGAUAUUAAAUUUUGAGUUAAAAUUAUUUACUUCGAAUAAGUGAUAGGUUUGAAACCCACAAAAUCUCUUUUCCGCUCAAGCCGGUAAAUAAUUACAAAUUAUUAAACAAAAAAAAAAAAAAAAAAACAAAAGCCUCCAAAAUAAUUGCAGCGCAGGGUUCAUACAUGGCUACUGUCUGUCUCUGAACUUGAAACUCAGUGCUCCGCCACAAUGGAAAAUGGAAAUGGAUUCAAGAGAUGGGGUUUUCAAAAGAAGCAGCAGGAUGUGACAAAGGCAGCUAUCUUAACUCCCCGCUUGGCUUCUUAUAUGCUAAUGGAUAAUCUGAACCGGGAUGACCCCAGGCCCGUUGUUUCUCUCGGCAAUGGCGAUCCUACGCUUUUCCAGUGCUUUAGGACCGCCGCUGCGGCUGAAGAUGCCGUCCUCGACGCCUUUCGCUCCGCAAACUAUCACUCUUAUUCUCCGCCCCUCGGUAUUCUUCCUGCAAGGAGGGCUAUUGCAGACCAUCUUAAUCGAGACCUUCCAUACAAGUUAUCACCUGAUGAUGUUUAUGUCACAAUUGGAUGUGCCCAAGCAAUCACCGUUACUUUGGAAGCCAUAGCCUCUCCCACUGCCAAUAUUUUGCUUCCUAGACCAGGCUACCUUGGAUAUGAGGCUUUUGCUGCUCAUAGACAAAUUGAAGUUCGACAUUAUGAACUUCUACCCGAAAAGGGUUGGGACGUCGAUCUUGAUGCUGUUCAAGUGCUUGCAGAUGAGAAUACUGUGGCCAUUGUUAUCAUAAAUCCAGGCAGCCCAUGCGGAAAUGUAUUCAGUUAUGAACAUUUAAAAAAGAUUGCAGAGACAGCAAGGGAGCUGGGGAUUCUGGUGAUUGCAGAUGAAGUUUAUGGCCAUAUUUCAUUUGGGAGUACAACAUUUGUUCCAAUGGGAGUGUUUGCGUCCAUUGUGCCAGUUCUCACCCUUGGAUCUUUGUCAAAGAGAUGGACUGUUCCUGGUUGGCGACUUGGGUGGAUUGCCAAAAAUGAUCCUAAUGGAAUCCUCAAAGAAACUGGGAUUGUUGACUCAAUUACAACAGUCCUCAAUGUCUCCUGUGAACCAGUGACAUUCAUUCAGGGAGCAAUUCCCCAAAUCAUUGAGAAUACAAAGGAGGAUUUCUUUAUGAAUAUCAUUGGCAUACUAAGGGAGGAUGCAGACAUAUGCUACAAUGGAAUUAAGGAGAUACCUUGCAUGAGUUGCCCAAGCAAACCAGAGGGAGGCAUGUUUUCAAUGGUGAAGCUAGAUCCAUCAAUGUUGGAAGGCAUCAAUGACGAUUUGGAGUUCUGCAUAAAGCUAGCUAGAGAGGAAUCAGUCGUUGUUAUACCAGGGGUAGCUGUGGGAAUGAAGGAUUGGCUUCGUGUUAACUUUGCAUGCGAGCCAGCUUCCCUCCAAGUUGGCCUUGAGAGGAUGAAAGCUUUCUGCCGAAGGCAUGCCAAGAAUAAAAAUGAAGAUCCAUCUGAAGUUAUUCAAACCGGUAAUUGUUCCAAUACUGCUGGUUGUCCUGAAACUUAAAAUCGAAUGAUUCGGGAAUAAGAACCUCUGCUGGUCAUGUGCACAUGUAAUAUAAAGUCAACCAGCUUCAGAGCAAGUAGUAUGUUACCUGCUGCUGCCCUUGUGGUCAGCAAUGAGGUUCAUGAUUUAUGGAACUAGGUAUUAAGCAAAAUAGUAGAGAUGAAAUUAAUUGCUUCAAAAGAAAAAAACAAUGGAUUGUAACAUAAAAUUUGAACAUGACGGCUUAUGUUGCAAGCUAUUAGUGGGAAUGUAUUAGUAAACUACAGUUCAAAAA